AUGCCCCGAGCACAAGCGGGGCCGCACCGCCUGUUCUUCCCGGAGGCGCCCCGGGCCCUGCGCUCUUGGGCAGCUCCGUCCCCAGCGCGCAGGGCAGCUGGGAAAUGGGGUCCACGGCUCUGCGCCCGGGUGCCGGUGGCGUUUGAGGACGGUGUCAGUUUCUCCCCGGAGGCGUGGGCGGCGUGGGUGGCAUGGCAGCGGGAUGGGGUCCUGGCAGGGCAGAGCAUAGCUGGGCCUCCCCGCAGUGCGCUCUGCAUCCGGGGAGCGCUCUGCUUUUGUCUGCACACAAGAAGGGGUCCCCAGGGCAGGAGAGAGCAAGACUGCGCCAUGAAUAGCCCCGGGGCUUGGGGGGCAAGAGAAAUGGCACCCCACAGUUGGCAGAGAGCUCCUUGGACCAUCGCACGGCCCGGCAGCCUGUUCCAUAGGACGGAAGGGAACACUUGUCCUCCUGUCUCCCCAUGUGGCCCCCGUCCCAGCCCGCAAUGGCCACAGGAAACCCAGCCUGUGAUUCUCUUCCCCCACACAGGCUCUGCAGGAACCGCAGUGGAGGUCGCCUGGAAGGCGGAUAAAGACGAAGAGCCAAACGUCAGGGGUCCCCAGGGGAAGCGGGGGAGUGAUGCUGAGCCCACCCCUGAGCUGCUCUGUUAUGGAGCGGGGAGGCCUGCAGAUAACUCCUUGGUGUGUCGGGUUCUGUGCCGGCGAGGAGUCAGGCUGGCUCCAACGACGGACGGUUGGGUUGCAGCGAGUCACCGAGCCGGGCCGUGUGUCGGGGAUGGUCGGUUUGUCUGGGCUCCUCGGGUCUCCAGGGUCCUCCUGCACUGGGGACAGGUGUGCGAGACGCAGAGCGACCUGCGACCAGCGCGGAUGGCAUUGGAGGACGUGGCGGUCGGUUUCUCCCCGGCGGCGUGGGCAGCAUGGCAGCGGGAGCUGUACUGGGCCGUGAUGAGGGAGAAUUUCGAGCUGGUCACCUCGCUGGGCUCUGCGGCCCCCAAGCCAAAGAGCAGCGGUGAACUGGAGCAAGGGGAAGAGCCCCAGCAGGGGCAGGAGAGAGCGAUUCCUGAGCCCCCCAGCACGGCAGGUGAUGGAAUCUGGGCUGGGGCUGAGGAGAAGCCGUGGGGAGCCCAGAAGUCCCUGGGAGGAGCAGCUGCCCUCCCAGCGCCCCAGGGGAAGGCACCGAAUACCUGCAAGGACUGUGGGCAAAGCUUCUCGGAGCGGGGCCUCCUCAUCGUGCACGUGCUGAGGACCCAUCUCGGGGAGUGAAACCUGCUCUGCAGGGAUUGCGGGAAGAUCUUAUCCGGGCAGGGCAGGCUGGCGGCGCACCAGAGAGCCCACCUGCGGGACCGGAUGUUCACCUGCGUGGCCUGCACGCGCAGCGUCGUCUACAGCGAGCACCUGGUGGACAAGAUGCGCAUGGAGCUGGCCGGAGGGAAGCCCUUCAAAUGCACCAAGUGCAGCGACAGGAUCAUCCUGAUGGUGGAGCUGCCGGCGGAGCAUGGGAGGGGCCCCUUCCCCUACUCCCACUGCCCCAAGGUUUUCCCCUACAUCUACCUCCUGCAGCGCCACCAGCUGCUGCACACCGGGGAGGCAUCUCCCUGCGCCGAGUGCACCUGGAAGGAGCGCCGGGAGAGCCACGCGCCAGAGCAGUCGUUCCCCUGCGCGCAGUGCGGGCGGCACUUUCCCCGGCGCGGCUCCCUGGCCGCCCACCUCUGCGCCCACGUGCACCCGCCACCGCACCCCUGUGCCCAGUGCAGCCAGCGCUUCGGCAGCAAGCUGGUGCUGCUGGCACGCCAGCAGGCCCACGCGCCAGACAGGCCCUGCCGGGAGUGCGGACAGGCCUUCGGUUCCAGGGAGGCCUGGGCCGCCCACCGGCUGGAGCACGAGCGCCAGAAGCUGUUCACGUGCGCCAAGUGUGGGAAGGGCUUCGGGUGCAAGCACAGGUACAUGGUGCACCAGUGGCUGCACGCGGGCCCCACUCUCCUCACCUGCCCCCAGUGCGGCCACCGCUUCUGCCUGCAGCUGGAACGGCACCAGCACCUCCACCAGGCGCCGAGAGAGGCCUGCCCCACCGGAGAGCUGGGCCCCACGCCUGGCCCUGCCACCCCUUCCGCAGGCGAUCUUGGGCCAGGCACCUCACCAGCCUGGGCCAUGGUGUCCUCACCUGCGAAAUAGGGUGAAUGGUGCUGCUCCCGGUGGAGAGGGCACGAGGCCUGGUCGGUGUCUGUGGCAUUGUGCGGAGACGUGCAUUAGAGAGCGGAGAGCUCUCGCUGGGGGGAGCCAUGGGGACUGCUUUGGAGCUCGGCCUCGCUGUGGAGAGGGGUCCAGGCAGCCUGCGUGAGUGGGCUCAGACGGCUUCCGUGGCCUGCCCUGGGGGGCUCCUCUUUGAUGGGUCCCUUGUCCAUUUCCUCUGGGGCACCUGGCGCUGGCCACUUUCGGAAGCCAGGCUCCUAGGCUGGCUGGACUUUUGCUCCAACCCUGUGUGGCCAUUCUGAUCUCAAAUGAGUCCCCGGCACCCUGCCUGCGACGCCCAGCCCUGCCGUGCAGCCCGGGGACGGUGUGAGAGCCCAAACCGCAGGGAAAUGGCAACACCAGGACGUUCCCCAGGCGGCUGGGAAUACAGCCCUCCCUGCUGUCAUCUCCCAUCCGACUGACUCUGAUCUGCUGUAACGACCGGGGCAUCUCUCGCCCGGGGCCUGUGGGGCUCUGGGUCAGGCUCCGCAGCCUCGCACUGGGGAUCACCAGCCCCGGGCGUCAGGGGCCAUGUGCG